UAUUAAAUGUAUUUAUCAAUUUGUCAAAGGGGAUGUGGGCGGGGUAAUGUAUAGUCAAUUUUUUUUUUGGGGGGGUGAAUAAUACAGUCAAUUAUUUUGCAUUUAAAAGUGAAAGAGUUUUUAUCAAGUGCACAGAGGGAAAGGGAGAGAGAGCGCCAGGUUUUGCUGUUAUGGUUUCCACGUGGUUUUGUUAAUUCUUUUGAGUUCUCUUGAGAGAGGAGGGUGGAUUUGCAGCUAAGCCACUAUAGCCAGGUUUUUCAGAUAUUUAUUCAUCUUCCUCUGUCUUCCCCUUUAAGAGUUAAACGUGAGUGAAGAAACACUCUAUAGAGUGAAAGUUCAGGUUGAAGAUUUCUUGAAUCAGAUGAUGCCCAAAAUAUGUCUCAAAAGCAUCCUGCUUUUAAUUGGUAUGCUUUCCAAUGCAUCAGCUGCAUUUGUAGGAAUAAACAUAGGCACCGAUGUUUCCAACCUGCCGCCAGCUUCAGAAGUGGUUGCUAUUCUUAAAACCACUCAAACAACUCAUGUGCGCCUUUUUGAUUCCGAUGCUCACAUGCUGAAUGCUCUGUCAAACACCGGGAUUGAAGUUAUGGUCAGUGUCACUAACGAGGAAGUCUUAGGGAUAGGAGAAUCUCCAUCAGCAGCCGCGACAUGGGUUAAUAGAAAUGUUGCUGCUUACUUGCCUUCGACGAAUAUCACUGCGAUUGCUGUUGGCAGUGAGGUCCUUACUUCAAUCCCAAAUGCCGCUCCCGUUUUGGUUCCCGCCAUGAAUUACCUUCACAAAGCCCUAGUUGCUGCGAACCUAAAUUAUCAAAUCAAAGUAUCAACCCCACAAUCCAUGGAUAUAAUUGCUAGGCCAUUUCCACCCUCGACCGCCAGCUUCAAUUCUACAUGGAAUUCUACAAUUUUCCAAAUCCUUCAGUUUUUAAAAAACACAAAUUCUUAUUACAUGUUAAACGCAUAUCCUUACUAUGGGUACAUUAAUGGCAAUGGCAUCUUUCCCAUCGAUUACGCUCUUUUUCAACCACUUUCCUCAGUCAAACAGAUUGUCGACCCGAACACGCUUUUUCACUAUAACAGCAUGUUUGACGCUAUGGUGGAUGCUGCCUAUAACUCUAUGGCAGCUUUCAAUUUUUCAGGGAUCCCAAUUGUCGUGACAGAAACUGGGUGGCCAUGGCUUGGUGGAGCCAAUGAACCCGAUGCCACUGCAGAGAAUGCUGAAACCUUCAACAAUAACUUGAUUCAGCGUGUGUUAAAUGGUUCAGGUCCACCUAGUCAGCCUACUUUUCCCAUCAAUACAUAUAUUUAUGAGUUAUUCAAUGAAGACAAGAGGCCUGGGCCUGCCUUGGAGAGAAACUGGGGUCUCUUUUAUACCAAUGGGACUGCUGUGUAUUCUCUGAGUUCGAGUACUACUGGUCAAAUCUCUGGGAAUUCUUCUUCGGUUUUUUGUAUUGCAAAACAAGGUGCUGAUACCAAUAAGUUGCAAAAUGGACUGAAUUGGGCUUGUGGUCAAGGUCAUGCUAACUGCAGUGCUAUUCAACCGGGACAGCGAUGUUAUAACCCUGAUACUCUACGAAGCCAUGCUUCUUAUGCUUACAAUGAUUAUUAUCAAAAGAUGCAUAGCAUUGGUGGAACUUGUGACUUUGGUGGUACAGCCACGACAAGUACUGUUGAUCCCAGCUAUGGAACGUGUAUCUUUACUGGAAGUUCAAAUUCGGGCUCAAGUACAAUAAUCUCGCCUACCGCUGCAUUUGGACCAACUACUCCUUCCACUGGAGAGAGUUCGAGGAUUCAAAUUCCAGAGUUUGGGUCGUUGAUUUUAGGAUUUAUUGCAUUGAUAUUGCUCGAUUCAUUCCGGGCUGCGUAAUUAGUCACUGCUCUGAAAAUUGCAAUGAAAUCAUGGGAAAUUCUCGAGCUUUGACAGUUCAUCUUGAUGAUUCAAAUGUUCAUUUUUGUUAAUCAUAUCCCAUUUUUAGUCAAUUUUGAUUCUUUUCUUUAAUUCCUUUCCUUUCCUCUUCUUUAUUUUGCAAGUGAGCAUGUGCAUAUGUAUAUUGUUGCAAGACUUUGAGACUUUUGUUCCUUGAAAUGGUGACAGCAUUUGGAAGAUGAAUUUUGGAUUUUGGAAUGACAAAAAAAAAAGAGCUUGGAA